GCGUAAGCAACGCGACAACUUAGUUUGAUAAUAUGAGAGUGCAAGACGUUUGGAUUUUGGCGGUCGUUUGGGUUUUUGGAAUUCUAGCGGAAAUCCGGUGCGCGGAAAGCAAAUCAACUGACGAGCCAUGGAGACGUUUUCCCAAGCUCUACGAUUACGAUGACUUCGAUGACUGCAAACGAGCGAACCCGGACCGAUACCGGUACUGCGUCGUUAAGGCACAACUUGAGGAAGAUGCUAAUUCGCAGCUGUGGCAUGAAAUAACCCAAUACUCCAAUGAUCCACGGCAUUACCGUCGUGAUAUACUGGAACUAGGCGUCUGUUUGGAUCGUUGCACUUUAAUUACCCCAGAAAAUGACGAAGAGAAUUACAGCAAGCAAGCUGCAACGGUAGAUCCGCAGUUCGCUGAAGAGUGCGCCACCGAACGUAUCCGGUUGAACUAUGCCAUGAACUCCACCUCGCGGGUUUCGAACUGCGUUGCUGCAACAGACAAAUCGAGCAGCUUAUCGGUGAUUGAUACGCUAUUCAGUGCAAUUAUUGCUGCUAUUUUCGCGCUAGUCAUCACAAGCACAGUAAUUGACGUUCGUAACCUACCAUGCAAAGGUUAUAGAGUGAUAAAAUCCUUCUCUUUGUCCGAAAACUUACGAAAACUAGGAGCAUUAGAUUCGCGAUCCCGCCAAGAUUUACUCUUCCUGGACGGUGCAAGAGUGCUCACAAUGGCCGUAAUUCUACUCUGUCACGCUAGCAUUCCGAUGCUUCGAUUUCCGCUUAAGAAUCCGGAAAGUGUGGAGCAACAAUUCGAUAUGGCCUUGUUUCCUGUACUUCUAGCUGGCAACACAUACGUGGUGCAGCAGUUUUUCUUCUAUGGAGGAGUGGUGCUAGCAGUCAACUUUAUGGAUCACAUUCAAUCUAAUCCCGCUUUCCAACUUUCUUAUCUUUGGCAGAAAGUGUCGAAUCGUUUGUUACGCAUCUUUCCAGUUUAUGCAUUAGUGGUCCUCUUCCAGGUUUCCUGGUUUCAACAGUUGCAGGACGGUCCCAUGGCGUACCAUUACAAGGACCAUUGCAGCGAAAAUUGGUGGACAAAUCUUCUGUUUGUGAACAACUACAUCCGUCCUAGUGAACCAUGUGCACAAUUCACCUGGUACAUGGGAGCCGAUUUCCAACUGUUUCUAGCUGGAACUAUGGUGAUGAUGAUUAUUUGGAAAUAUCCUAGAUUGAUUUGGUUCAUCACUCGAGCAAUGGUUGUUUUUGCGUUUGUAGUUCCAGCCGUGGUAAUUUAUGUUUACAAGCUGGAUGCUACAGUUAUGGUUAUAAAUAAAUAUCUAACAAAUGAAAUCCGAAAUCUUGAUUACUAUACUAAAGUGUAUGUAACGUUUGAGAGUAAUGCUGGAAAUUACUUUUUCGGAAUGAUCACAGGAAUGGUGUACCAAAGAUUAUCCACUCAAAAGAAACAACUUGAAUCCAUAAAACACUUCAAGUUGAUGUUCCUGGCUGCCGCAGUAUUUUUCGUAUCAAUGUUGGCCUUAACGUUGGUCUUGCCCCGAGAUCAGCUACACACGAGCUCUCUACCGACCGCAAUCUACGGCUCUCUGCUGAAGAGUUCCUGGGGUCUACUAUCGGCGACGUUAAUACUGUAUCUCAGUUAUCGACCGCAGAAUCUUUUCGGUUCCUUCCUUCAGCAUCCCGUUAUGUUAGUAGCGGCCAAACUAACCUACUGCGCCUAUCUCGCCCAAUACAGCGUGAUUUAUACGAUUUAUCGUAACGUGACCAUUCCUUUGGUGCACAACCCAUUCAACUUGAUCCUGUUCUCGUCAGCGGUACUAUUCAUUACGCUAUUGGUAGCUCUUCUACUACAUGUCUGUGUUGAAAUACCAUUCAUUACAUUGCUUAAACCACUGCUGAAUUUACGACACCCAAAGCCAACCCACUGA